AUAAUGAUGCGGGGCGCAGUCUCUCUCGUGCUGCGGCCGCGAGCGCAGUCCUACACGACGACGUUAUAGUCUUCACAAAGUGUAUCGAUCAAGCCAUUCAUGGAACUUAAUUAAUGUGACUCUAAAACGUGUUUUGAACUUGAGUGAAAUGGCCUUCGAAGAUCGUUGCAGUCCUAAUCAGGCGAACAGCCCCGGUCCCGUCGCAGGGAGAGUGCCCGGCCCGCAUGGAGACAACCAGAAUUAUUGUCCACCAAGUCAGUAUACCUGUACCACUAUAGAGCAGAGAUACGAAAGGAACUCGCCAAAUAUGACUAUAGUGAAAUUGCAGCCGAAUUCCCCACCCCCAAGUCCAGAGCAGAGUCAUAACGAAAUGGAUUACCAGAACUAUUACAGACCCGAAACACCGGAUGUGAAGCCACAAAUAAAUGAGCAAUUUGACGCGGACAAAUUGAGGAAUCGCGUCCAACCGUCCACACAAAUAGGUUUCUCUAUAAGCAACAUCCUACAUCCAGAAUUUGGUUUGAACGCGUUGCGGAAGACGAACAAAAUCGAAGGACCAAAACCCGUCGGCCCCAACCACAGCAUAUUGUACAAACCUUACGAUUUGUCCAAAAGCCAGAGCGAUUAUCAGAAGUACAGUUUCGAUUAUUUGAAAUCUAAAGAGCCGAGUGAUUUUAGUCGAUUGCCGCCACUCGGGGGUUUGAGGCAGACCGUUUCACAGAUUGGAGAAGUUCAAAAAGAGAAGGAGAUUCCGAAGAUUGUAGAGGCGCAGAAGAGGCCGGAUUCGGCCAGUUCUAUUGUGUCGUCAACCUCCAGCGGGGCUCCUUCGACGUGUGGAAGUACAGACACCAACAGUCAGAUGUCCCAGGGAAAUGCUAAUUUGUGGCCAGCGUGGGUUUACUGCACCAGAUACAGCGACCGGCCUAGUUCUGGUCCCAGAAGCAGAAGGAUGAAGAAGAAGAUUAAUACAGAAGAGAAAAGACCUAGAACAGCAUUCAGCGCGGCCCAGCUCGCUAGACUGAAGCAUGAGUUCACCGAAAACCGAUACUUGACCGAGCGACGGCGGCAGGCCCUGGCUGCAGAGCUGGGCCUGGCGGAAGCCCAGAUCAAGAUCUGGUUCCAGAACAAGCGGGCGAAGAUCAAGAAGGCUUCCGGCCAGAGGAACCCCCUGGCCUUGCAGCUGAUGGCUCAGGGGCUGUAUAACCACAGCACGGCCACUGAGAGCGAUGAAGAUGAAGAAAUUAAUAUUAUUUAAAGGGAUUUUGAAGACAAAGUUCCGGAAGUGCCGUGUGGUUCACGGCACCAAUACAAAAAAGAAUAGGACCACUCAAUCUCUUUCCCAUGGAUGUCGUAAAAGGCGAAUAAGGGAUAGGCUUACAAACUUGGGAUUCUUUUCUAGGCGAUGGGCUAGCAACCUGUCACUAUUUGAAUCUCAAUUCUAUCAUUAAGCCAAAUAGCUGAACGUGGCCAGUCUUUUCAAGACUGUUGGCUCUGUCUACCCCGCAAGGGAUAUAGACGUGACCAUAUGUUUUAAAGACAUGCCUUGUCUUAAUUGCUGGUUUUCACUAUAGGUAUUUUCAGUAGGUACUAUAGUAUCAGGUAUUUUUUAUGGAAAGCCCUGCUACCCCUAGCAAGGCUUGCGCCACGCCGUUUAUAUCGCGCAAAAAAACUAUCGCUGUUUCGCUUUUAAUUAUGUCGUGGAAACGGAAAGCGAUAGUUUUUCGCGCUAUAAUAACGGCGUAGCGCGUGUCAUGCUACAGGGGGGAUAUAGUGAUUUAAAAAUUAUUAUUUUGUGUGUUUGGUCAUGGAUAGAAAUUUGGUAGAGGCUAUAAUAAAAUUGAAAUGAUUGAAAAUAGAAAGGUACUUAAAGGUAAUUUUUAAGGGAAAAUUUGGUACUGUUCAUUCAUGCGAUUGUUUUUACAAAAAAUCUGGGGAUCUCUAUAAUAUAAAUGUGUAAAUAGUGUGUAGAUAGAUUUCUUUGUCACCUUUACAAUUGAACACAAAAUGUCAAAAAUCUAUGCCAUUAUGACUAUCAAAAUAUAAAUUUUGUUUUUACAAUAUCGAUUCUCAAUAUUAUCGAUAUAGUAAUCAUUAAUUUAAAAUGCAUGUGAUGUAGGUACUUACCUACAUUUGUAAUUUGUUCUGAAAUUUUUGAAAUUCUGUUUUUAAAAAUGACAAUUCCUUUUUAAAAUUGCAGUUACUUAAAUGUCAACUCGAAUAAUAAUUUACUAUUAGUUUUACGUAAAAUGUUCCUAUCUGCUUAGACUUUGUAGGUUUAUUAUUUAUUUAAAAAAAAAUUAACUGUUUUGUCAUGGUUCGGUGUAAAAAAUAUUUUAUAAUUUAAUCGGUUUCUUACAUUUAAUGUCAAAUUUAAUUAAUGUUUACAUUAAUUUUAUAAUACGUUUGGUUAUUUGAAACUUUGAUUAAGGAAAUAUUUGAUGGUUUUGCUUAGAAACUGUAAUUAAAGUAUAUUAAUAAAAAUUUAAUUGGACUGGUUAGUAAAAAAAAAUGUAUGAUGCGAUGGAAUAACCAAAUAAAUAAGACUUUUUUUUUACUUUUGUCAACUAUUUUGAUUUUUCUAUUAAAAUAAAGUAAACGAAUGUUGUUCUUUAUUUAAAAAAAAUCUGUUUAAUUU